AUGGACUUCUUUAGACUGUUUCAGAAGGAUCCAUCUCUGAAUCAACGACCAAAGGAUGAACUGAAUGAUCAGAUUCGUUUCGUUGCAUACCAGAACUCAUGUACAGUACUGUUUGAUACACUUCAGAUCGAUGCAGUAAAGACAAAACAGCAACAACAACAACAGCAGAGUAAUAGUGGAAGUAAACAACAACAACAACAACAGCAACAACAACAACAGCAACAACAGGCUGCAUUGUCAAAGUCAUUGGGAAAGGUUGAGAUGCUCAAGGAGAUGAUGUUUGGAACAGUGCCACUCAAUAUACAGGGCACCACAUCAAAGAUACACUAUCUACCCGAGAGCCAUCAGAUGCUCUUGACCAAGUUGUUCACACUCAAUCUCAGCAGGGACGAAGGGGCAUCUUCAUCAACCUCACCCUCACAGCUGACCGCCUCCACUACAGACGUCGCAGGCGAGCAGAACACCUCCGCCACAACUUCGCUCAAGAAGCUUCCUGCCACACAUCAAUCAACCACCGAUCUGCCAACGCUCGAACAUAUCAGUAGCAUUGGCAAUGGUAAUGGUAAUGGCGGUUGCAAUGGUAUCAGUACGACUUCUACCACAGCAGCAGUGGCACAGACUGAGGAGAGUGAUAGCAGUACGGGCAACAAUAAGAGUGAGGGCGAUCUCACUGGCGUCACUGGACAGAGCAAGCUGCCGCGCGGUGGCACGCUGGUGCCAUCAAAGACAACGGACAACCUGCAGAUACCACAGUUCUCUCAGUCGACUAGACAUCGAUCAAGUUCGACAAUGGGACGCAUGCGUCCACCCAUGGCUGCCCCCAAGGUCAAGAAGAUUACUUUGUCAAUAUGUGUCAUCUUUGGACCUCGUGACAGUGCCAUUGGCGCACCGGCAGUACCAGCUGGUUCCACGACCAGUGCUGGAGCCACACACUACGACAAGGACACAAUAUCUCGAUUCCAUCAGUUCAUCAUCACUCACUACAUCCUGAUCGACAUGAGGAUACAACCAAUCAUCAAGUUACUCAAGAAUCAGAUAUACUCUCGUGUCACACAGAUGGCUCAUGCCUCACUGUCUGGAUAUGGACUUAGCGAGAUCAAUCAGAUAUUCAAAGAGGUAGAAGGCUUUAGAGAAUAUAUUAACAACCUGUACUAUGCACCAAGACUUGAGAAACCACUGUGGCUUGACACACUAUGCUAUCCAAGCACAAGAAGACAGACCUACGUAGUCCUCUUUGAGAACCUGCGAGAGUUACUACCAUCACUAAACACAGCCAAGACCAAAUACUUCUUAUCCAACUUGAUAACGGCAGUGUUGACAUAUAACAUCACUUGGAUGACGAAUAUCAUUUCGUCACCAGAGUCAACAUCAUUCAGAUGCUCAAACGAACGUUGUAACUCAUUCAUCAACUUUGAGAGUCAGUUCUUGAAUCAACUGUCUGAACUCUAUGGCUAUGCAGGCUGUCUCAAUCCAGGCUGCAAGAACAAUAAGGCAUCAUACCGAAUGACCAAGGCCAUUAUAGUAUGUCCGCGUGAGGACGAGGCCAAGAAGCUGCUGCAGAUCGUCAGCUACUUUUGGCGCUCUUUCGAGCUGAUACUCAAUCGUCAGAACAUCGACUUUAUUCCACAACUCUAUCAUCCAAGCGAGGAUAACUCACGACCACCUCACUCACAUGGUCAGGCGAUACCAAAUGGAACGCCUGGCAGUGGUGGCGAGCAGACGCUGUCCUCUUCCACAUCGCCCAAGUUCGACUCACAUCACAACAGCCAUCAUCACACAUUCUCUACAUCACCAACGACCGCCUCCAUGCAGAAUGGCAAGGCCAACACACUUAUCCCUCCAAAGAACACAUCAUCAACUACUACCACCCAUCAGAGCAAGUCAGCGACAACUGGCGGCAGCAACAACCCAACUACCAAGCAACAACAACAACAACAGCAAGGAGCAGCAGCCAACACGAACCUCUUUGAGUUUGGAUCGAUUGAACCAAGUCUGCCCGCACACUUCCAGAACCUAUCUCGCUCAUUGUUUGGAGCACAUUCGAACAAGUACAUCAGUGAUAUGGCAGUGAUGUCAGUGCCCAAGUACGACUUCUUCCCCAAGCUCAUCGAUGAUCUCAGACUUUGGAACGAUCACAAUCCAUUCCCAACACGACCCAAAGAGACCAUUGCAAUCGUUGGUGAUGUCUCCAAGUAUUCAUGUGAUAUAGUAGUUGUCAGUCGAGACAAUAUGAUGAGUGAUUCCAAUCCAGUGGUGGUCAAUGGUACAACGUACACUGAUAUUCAGAUACUCAAGGGCAAGCAUUCGGAAUACGUCUCUGCCACUCUUACAUCAUUGGUCUACUUUUGGACAAUUGGAAUGCCUCCAGAGUCUUGUAUUGCAUACUUGGAGGAUAAGUUAGGAGAACUGUUCCUAAAGACAUUGACAUACCAUGAGACACUCAGAUACUAUGUGACAAUCAAUCAACCAAUUCCAUCCAAUAUCAACCUGUUGCCAACUGGUGUCUCGCUGCCACCCUCUGCCACACCAUUGGCAACACCCAUUGCCUCUCCACAUGCAUCAUUCCCCAACUACCAAGCACUGAAACAACAAAUAAGCGGAGAUCAAUUACUUUUUGAAAGUAUCUACACCUAUUUAUGUGGAUGUCAAAGAGCGGAGGUAGAUAAAGCAUAA